AUGUCCGUGAGUGCUAGCGCGGAGAACUUAUCAACAGAUACUCAGAGUUGUGAUGGAGGUUCCAUGUGCUUGGAGUUGGCGCUCGAGGGCGAAAGGCUAUGUAAGGCUGGUGACUGUCGCGCAGGAGUUGCUUUCUUCCAGGCGGCAAUCCAGGCGGGCACGGAUGACCUGCGCACCCUCAGCGCGAUCUAUAGUCAACUCGGCAACGCCUAUUUCUAUUUGGGGGACUACAACAAGGCAAUGCAAUACCACAAACACGACCUCACUUUAGCUAGGACAAUAAACGAUAAACUAGGCGAAGCCAAAGCUUCGGGUAAUCUAGGGAACACUUUAAAGGUGAUGGGGAAAUUCGCGGAGGCGAUACAGUGUUGUAAACGCCACCUGGAGAUAUCCCGUUGCCUGGGCGAUAAGCUCAGUGAGGGUCGAGCCUUGUACAACUUGGGAAAUGUAUACCAUGCACAGGGUAAACAUUUGGGUCGUGUUGGGCAAAACGACCCCGGCCACUUCCCACAGGAGGUUCGCGAAUGCCUCAUGCAAGCAGUCACUUACUACGAAGAGAAUCUCGAACUAAUGCGUAGUUUAGGUGAUCGACAGGCAAUGGGUCGCGCCUGUGGUAAUCUCGGCAAUACGUGCUACUUACUAGGUGACUUCACACGCGCCAUCCGUUACCACACAGAGAGGCUAACCAUUGCGAGGGAGGUUGGAGACAAGGCAGCCGAACGCCGCGCCAACAGCAAUCUUGGAAACUCCCAUAUAUUCCUUGGACAGUUCGAGAAUGCUGCAGAACAUUAUAAGCGCACCCUCGCGCUGGCCGAGGAGCUGGGCGACGCCGCCGUGGAGGCGCAGGCGUGCUACUCCCUGGGCAACACGUACACGCUGCUGCGCGAGUACCGCGUGGCCGAGGAGUACCACGCGCGCCACCUGGCCGCCGCCAGGAAGCUGCAGGACCGCGUCGGCGAGGGCCGCGCCUGCUGGUCGCUCGGGAACGCGCACGCGGCGCUCGGGAAUCACGAGAAAGCACUGUAUUACGCUAAGGAGCAUUAUAGCAUCUCGAAAGAGCUAGGCGACGUGUUAGGGGUGGCUACGGCUCAGAUGAACAUUGGUGACCUCUGCAAGGUGCUAGGUAUGCCCAACGAGAUCGAGACCCUGGAGCAGGCCUCCGCUGCCGCCGCGGCCAGCGCCGAAGAGGGCGCAGCCCAGACUCCCUUCAACGCGCUCCGCGUGCGCCGCCAGAGUAUGGAGCAGCUGUCUUUGAUCCAGUUAACUCCCGACAAGAAGAAGGAGGCGCGCAAGGGGGCCGGCGAGGGCGAGGGCGACGAGGGGGCGGAGGGGGAGGACGAGGCGUGCCAGCUGAAGGAGAGGAAGAAGCCGCCGAGGAAGCCGAUGGCGCGCGCAGAGUCUGAGGACCUGCAUACGGAGUCGUUCUUCGAGCUGCUCAGCCGCUGCCAGUCGGGCCGCAUGGACGAGCAGCGCGCCGUGCUCAACUGCAAGGAGGGCCGCGUCAGGUCCAAGGCGGGCAAGCUGCUCCGCUCGGCCAGCAGCAGCGAUAAGAACGUGAGUGCCGCUUGGAGCGUCGCACUACAAACGCCAGUCGUCCGAAGCCCUUUUCGUGCUCCCGACAUGAGAUCGCCGGAGCUAACGGAACCCGUCCGCCCCAGCGAGGAGAUGCUGAACAUGAUAACGGACAUGCAGUCCGAGCGCAUGGACUCGCAGCGCGCCGAGCUCCGCCCGCUGCCGAAGAAGCCGCAUAAGCUGGCGAAGGGCGCCUCGCUGCCCGGCCUCCGCCCGCAGCGUACCACCUGCACCAAGCCCGAGGAGGACUUCCUCGAGAUGAUCGCCCGCUUCCAGGGCUCGCGGCUCGAGGACCAGCGCACCGAGCUGCCGAGCCUCAAGCCGGAGCGGCGCCCGAAGACCCUGCCCGACGACGACUUCUUCAACCAGCUGAUGCGCGCCCAGUCCGGCCGCAUGGAAGACCAGCGCGCCACGAUCCCGGUCAAGGACAAUCGCGCCAACAAGGGCGAUUCCAACUCCAAAAAG